AUGACCGUUGCAGCUCACAUGGUAGCUCUUGCACGUGACCUUAGCUUUCAACCACCACGUGACCCGGCAUUGAGCUGUCGUGUUUCCCUGGCGCCUGAUGGCGACUGUCCAAAUCCACUAUCCGUAAUCGCCCUGAACCUCGUCAUCAACAGCUCAAUCAACGGAAAUCAUCUUCAACCGACUGUGCUGCAUAGCGACCUAGCUGAAAGAGUUAUUGGGCUCCCAGAAUAUUCAUUCACAGGCUCCCAGAGCUUAAUCCGCCAAGAUGGUAAGCUCAUAAGCUGGCGCCUCGUUAUCUACUCGCUGCUGACAGUUGAUGAAAACAGGGUCAAGGACAAUCUGGCAUGGGAGGCGAAGGACAAGCCCAAGUACGAGCCUCCCCCAAGGCCCACGACCCGAGUUGGCCGUAAGAAGAGAAAGGCUGGUGGCACCAGCGCCGCUGCCAAGCUGCCCGCGGUCUACCCUACCAGCAGAUGCAAGCUUCGACUGCUACGAAUGCAAAGAAUCCACGAUCACCUGCUUCUGGAGGAGGAGUAUGUCGAGAACCAGGAGCGCUUGCGAAAGGCCAAGGCAGCCAAAGAAGGCGCCGCGGUUGGUCCUGACGCCGAUGUGGACAGACUAGCUGAUGAACGAGGCCGAGUUGACGACAUGAGAGGAAGCCCAAUGGGUGUUGGAACACUUGAAGAGCUGAUUGAUGAUGACCACGCCAUCGUCAGUAGCACGACAGGCCCGGAAUACUAUGUCAGCAUCAUGAGUUUCGUCGACAAGGAUCUCCUCGAGCCGGGCGCGAGUGUUUUGCUGCACCACAAGAGCGUUAGCAUUGUCGGUGUUCUCACAGAUGACACUGAUCCUAUUGUCAGUGUGAUGAAGCUCGACAAGGCUCCGACAGAAUCGUACGCCGACAUUGGUGGUUUGGAAUCACAAAUCCAGGAAGUCAGAGAAUCCGUCGAAUUACCGCUGCUCCACCCCGAAUUGUACGAAGAGAUGGGUAUCAAGCCGCCGAAGGGUGUUAUUCUUUAUGGUGCCCCCGGAACUGGCAAGACCCUGCUUGCCAAGGCUGUUGCCAAUCAGACAUCCGCUACCUUCCUGCGCAUUGUUGGAAGUGAACUGAUUCAGAAGUACUUGGGUGAUGGGCCUCGUCUGGUGCGACAGCUCUUCCAGGUUGCGGGCGAGAAUGCGCCUUCGAUCGUGUUUAUUGACGAAAUCGAUGCUAUUGGUACAAAGCGUUAUGAGUCUACAUCGGGAGGCGAACGAGAAGUGCAGCGAACCAUGUUGGAGCUUCUUAACCAGCUGGAUGGUUUCGACGAUCGUGGCGAUGUCAAGGUCAUCAUGGCAACCAACAAGAUUGAUACAUUGGACCCUGCGUUGAUCAGACCCGGACGUAUUGACCGAAAGAUUUUGUUCGAGAAUCCCGACCAGAACACGAAGAGAAAGAUUUUUACGCUGCAUACAUCAAAGAUGAACUUGAACGAUGAUGUUGAUUUGGAGGAGUUCAUCUCGCAGAAGGAUGACCUCUCUGGUGCGGAUAUCAAGGCAAUCUGCUCAGAAGCCGGCAUGAUGGCAUUACGAGAGCGGCGUAUGCGCGUGCAAAUGGCCGACUUCCGAUCUGCAAGGGAGCGUGUACUGCGCACCAAGCAGGAGGGCGAGCCUGAGGGUCUGUAUUUGUAA